UUCUUCUCUGACCACCGAGCUCUUCAGACCUUCUCGAUCUCUCGGACUUCGAACAUCUCUCGUUGUUCUGCCAUCUAUUUAUCAGUUUUAUUCCACACAAACGAGCAAAAAAUAUCAAAUCAUGGUUAAUACACGAAGAUCAUCUUCCUCGAAAAAAGACGUUCAAGAACCAUUGUCGUCAAUUCAAAAAAGUAUCUCGGCUGGACACAAGUUCACAUUCCAGCGUCGCGUUUUUACGAACAAACGUCGACUGAAGACGUUGAAAUUUAUCGCGACAGCCAAACACAACCCAGCUAAAUUCGGAUUGUAUGGGUCGACGCGAUGGUUUGAAUCAUUAGUCACGUAUCUUGAGGAACCAGGGAUUAUUCUUGUGGAAAAUGCGAGGUGUUGGAUUAGACAACACAACGAUGUUUUCGUUAAUGCUCAAUAUCGAGAUAAGGAAGGGACCAGUUCGGCGUCGCCGGCAACAUCCGCAUCUUCGCCAGAGUCAAAAGCAGUAUCAGCAUCGUCGACGGAAGCAGCCACAUCUUCGCCAGAGUCAAAAGCAGCAUUGGAAUCCUCGACAGAAAUGUUUGCAUCUUCACCAGCGCCCAAAGCAGACUCACCAUCCUCCACAGAAGCAUCCGGAUCUUCGCCAGCAUCGAAAGUAGCAUUGACACCGUCUACAGACGAAGUAUCUUCGUCAAUGGAAAUAACGCCAGUUUCCCCAUCGGUAGCGUCAUGUGGUGACCAGGAUAGCUCGACAAUGUCGCGCUCGCCAGUCUCUCAGACAACGGUGACAUCCUCAUCUUCCCCAGAAUCACUUCUCCCGGAGCUUAGAAAUAUUGAUAUCGAUGCCGUUUUUUCGUCUAUUGGAAGGACCCCGCCACCGCAACAAUCUCGAAGUAAUUUCUCUAGCAAAGUCCAAAACAACGACCAACUCCAGGCUCCUCCAAUAGCAGAAUAUACCUACGUCAAACUUAUCGACGAUGACGAUCAUCUUUUCCCGCCUUUAAGAGAACGUGCUAAUCCCGAAAACAAUCAUCCAGUCUUCCGCCUAUCAACCAAUGAAGAAAAGCCUGAUCUCAUGAACGUAGUCCUGGGCGAGUUGGACACUUACUUUCAUCGUCUUCCUACUGACUAUGUCGUCAGAAUGGUCCAACCAUCCUCCAACCCUGAAGUAAUUACGAUCGAUUGAGUCAGAAAUAAAUAUUUCAA